AUGGCACCAGCAACCAAUAGAUUGCUAGAUCCCGAUGUGUCCUUGGACUCGGGGAUGCAAUCAGCCAAGAUGCUCGUUCCAGAGAUAUCCCUAAGGCCAGAAGCAUCCGCGAUAUUCUUCAUCCCAGAAAUCCUCGAGCUGAUCUUUUUAAACGUGGACAUGUACACCAUCCUCAUGUCCAAGCACGUGUGCUCCGCAUGGAAAGAUCUCAUCCAAACCUCUCCGAAAAUUCGCAAGGUCCUUGCGUUUGCGUCCCUCAUGAUCAAUUCGGACGAACUUCGCAACGUGACGGAGUUCCUGGCACCCCAUGGGGGGAUUACCUUGCAUGGUGGCCUACCCCAGACGUCGGACGGCCCACCCAUCCGGCCCUGUACUUGCCACUGGCGCCUACGCGACAAUUGGCGGACCAUGCUCCUCCAGAACGCUCCGAGUUCGAGGAUUCGCGUGCGUUGCCCUGGAAUCCCCUACGGUCACAACAGAGCUUUCUGUCCCCUUUACGGCCCACACGGGCCAUACAACUGCCUGAAUCGAUGCCACAUAGAGAUCUCGUCCGCCAUAGAUGCAUUGCCGCGUUGCGGGAAGCUGGAAGUAGGCGUGGUGCUGGAAUGCCCAAAGCGGGGGGGCAAUUCCAGCACCCAGAAGCUGUAUAUCAUAUUCCGAGUCCUACCGCAGGGCGACAGCGAAGACUACUUGCUUGACUUCAACGGUUGGACUUCGAUCGAAGAUUGGUGGUAG